AUGAAAGAACAGGAGGGGUCCUUCUGUGAUAAAGCCCAGUGCCUCAUCGCUCCUCUUCAUCGCUCCUCUUCAUUGCUCCUCUUCAUUGCUCCUCUUCAUCCCACCCUCUUCAUCGCUCCUCUUCAUUGCUCCUCUUCAUCUCACUCUCUUCAUCCCACCCUCUUCAUCGCUCCUCUUCAUCCCACCCUCUUCAUCGCUCCUCUUCAUCCCACCCUCUUCAUCGCUCCUCUUCAUCGCUCCUCUUCAUCCCACCCUCUUCAUCGCUCCUCUUCAUCGCUCCUCUUCAUCCCACCCUCUUCAUCGCUCCUCUACAUCCCACCCUCUUCAUCGCUCCUCUUCAUCGCUCCUCUUCAUCGCUCCUCUUCAUCGCUCCUCUUCAUCCCACCCUCUUCAUCGCUCCUCUUCAUCGCUCCUCUUCAUUACAUUUGGGAAGUGCAAAACUGGAUUUGUUCAACUACUGUUUUGAAAGAGGAAGCUUUGGAGUCUGAGGAGUCUGAGGUGAGCCGGAGAAAUGGGAUGUGA